GAAAUUUAUUCAGGCACGCAAAGACAAUCCCGGGGUCCUUGAGUCCUGCACGACGUCAUCAAGCCUCCCUCGGUCCUCGGUGGGGAAAACGUGGAGGACUUUGCUUCACGAGAUUAUUGGGCUACACAAAGAUCCACUGACCUGUCUGAACACUGAGCUGUCUAGUUGACUAGAAUGGAGUACAUGCAAGCUCCUGCCACAAGCAGCCAGGGGAAUAUCCUGUGCUGUACCUGUGGCGUCCCCAUUCCUCCCAACCCAGCCAACAUGUGUGUAGCCUGCCUGCGUACUCAGGUAGACAUCUCAGAGGGGAUUCCCAAGCAAGUCACAGUGCACUUCUGCAAGCAGUGUGAAAGGUACUUACAGCCUCCAGCCAGUUGGGUGCAGUGUGCCCUGGAGUCAAGGGAACUGCUGGCCCUGUGCCUGAAAAAGAUUAAGAGCUCUAUGACCAAAGUGCGUCUCAUUGAUGCUGGCUUCCUCUGGACAGAGCCACACUCCAAAAGGAUUAAGAUGAAAGUGACCAUUCAGAAAGAGGUGAUGAAUGGCGCUAUCCUACAGCAGGUGUUUGUGGUCGAGUUUGUCAUCCAGUACCAGAUGUGUGACGACUGCCACCGUGUGGAAGCCAAGGACUUCUGGAAGGCCGUGGUUCAAGUUAGGCAGAAGACUGUUCAUAAAAAGACAUUCUAUUACCUAGAGCAGCUGAUCCUCAAGCAUAAACUCCACCAGAAUGCCCUCAACAUCAAAGAAAUCCAUGAUGGGAUUGAUUUCUACUACGGCACCAAGCAGCACGCUCAGAAGAUGGUCGACUUCCUCCAGUGCACCGUUCCCUGCAGGUCAAAGACAUCCCAGCGCCUCAUCUCACAUGACAUCCAUUCAAACACAUACAACUAUAAGAGCACCUUCUCUAUGGAGAUUGUACCUGUCUGCAAGGACAACGUAGUGUGCCUUUCACCACGACUGGCGCAGAGCCUGGGGAACAUGGGUCAAGUUUGUGUGUGCGUCCGUGUCACCAGCACCAUUCACCUCAUCGAUCCAAACACACUGCAAAUUGCCGAGGUGGAUGGGAACACAUACUGGCGUAACCCCUUCAACAGUCUAUGUAACCCACGGCAGCUGGAGGAGUUCAUUGUUAUGGACAUCGACAUCAUCAGAGACCAGAAGCUGGGUGCUGGAGCAGGCAUGAAGUCCAAUAAGCACACCCUGGCUGAGGUGUGGGUUCAGAAAACAUCAGAGAUGGACACCAGUCAGCAGUAUCACUGCCGUACAUUCCUCGGCCAUCUGCUCAACAUCGGAGACCUGGUGAUGGGGUUUGACUUUGCCAAUUCCAACGUCAAUGAUGAGUACCUCAAUAAGAUGAACCCUCACCACAUUCCUGAUGUGGUGCUGAUCAAGAAGAGCUACGACCGCACCAGGAGGGUGAAGCGCAGGAACUGGAAACUGCAGGAGAUGCCUAGAGACCGUGAGGGCAUGGACUCAGAUGAUGAGAGACAAUACCAGGACUUCCUGGAGGACCUGGAGGAAGAUGAGGCUCUGAGGAAAAAUGUUAACAUCUACAGAGAUGCGUCAAAGAUCCCAGUGGAGAGCGACACUGAUGAUGAUGGAGCACCACGGAUCUCCCUGAUGGAGAUGCUGGAGGAGCUCAGCCUAACAGAUGCCACAGGAGAAGAGGGUGCUGAUAUGAUGACAGAAUAGCCAGUCGCCAUCCUGCCUCUGUGACAAAGACCAGUUGAUCUGUGAAAUACAGAUCUGCUGAUGUUACAGUGAUGCAAUUACACACAAAGCUGAGGCCUCUGAUUUUAACCCGACAGCAGAUUGAGGACUGAUUGAACCAUUGACAAAUAAUGUUUCAUACUGAAAAGAGCCACAGCUCAUAAUCAGACUGUGGUGUAAUGACUCAAUACAGUUAAACCCCAUAAACUAUGGGUUAUAAUGGUCACAAAUAAGUUUCUGCUGAAAAACUGGACUUUCAGUUGUUUCAACUGAUCAUUAAUCUUGUCCACCUCAUCUCAGUGGAUCUAUCACACUGACGCUACAAAAUUAACAUUUUUGGCUCUUUUCAAAGUAGUGUUUUUCCCCUUGACAUGUAAAAUUUUGAAGUGAUGUGGAAAUGGAGUGCUUCUGGUUCACUAUCGAAAUAAAUAUUUGUCCCAAUGCACA